AUGUUUGAAUGCUUUAAAACCGAUAUUUUUACUGAAUUAAAAACUGUUAAGGACGAGGUGACAGAGUUGACCAAGUCAGUUGUAUUCCUCUCAGCUAGUGUGGACGCCUCAAAUACACUAAUGGCAGAGCUCAAGAACAGCAUCGAAACGCUUAAAGCUGAGAACACCAUUCUUCGCGAAACAAGUAAUACUCUAUCAAAUCAAGUAACCGAUCUACAGGAACGUGUUCGUUCACUUGAACAAUACACACGGCGAAGCAACAUAGAGAUAAGUGGCGUCCCGGCAACUCCAAAAGAGGAAGUCAUCAAAUUAGUGAUGGAUGUCGGCGCGGCGAUUGGCGUCGCGGUGGAAGAGUCGCACAUCAACGCGGCGCACCGAGUUGCUGGCUUUCGCAACGACCGAGCUCCUUCCCUCAUCGUACAGUUCACGCAUCGAGCUAUCAGGGACCAAUGGAUCAAGAAGUAUAGGGAGAAUAAGGAAUCCAUAACAGCGUAUAACAUAAAUCCCGCCUUCAAGAGAUCAAAAGUGUAUAUUAAUGAGCAUCUCGCUCCAGUGAAUAAAGUGUUUCUUGCCAAAUUGAAAGUAAAGUGCCGAGCUGUCGGAAUAAAAUAUGUCUGGUGUCGUGAGGGAAAGUUUUUUAUUAGAAGAUCUGAUGGGGAAAAAUGCCAGAAGGUUAUGAGUGAAUCGGAUAUUGAUAACUUGAAAUAA